CUCUCGUCUUACGAACGAUCCGAUCGAAAUCCUCUCUCUCUCUCUCUCUCUCUCUCUCUCUCAAUGGCCAUGGCUUCUGCUUCUCUCUCUUCUCAUCUUCUCUUCUCUACCUCAUCCUGCAAUCUCCCUUCUUCUUCUUCUUCAUCUCUCCCUUCUCUUCCCCAAUUCUCUUUCUCACCCACUGUCUCUCUCUCUUCCCUCUCUUCCUCUUUCUCUUCUUCUUCUAUCUUCUCUCCCAUUCCCAAACGCUCCUCUUCCUUCUCUUCUUCUUCUUCUUCUUCGUCUUUUUCGUUCAGAGUAACGGCAAGUGCGAAGAAGAAGGUCCUCAUUGUAAAUACAAACAGCGGUGGCCACGCCAUCAUCGGCUUCUAUUUCGCUAAAGAGCUUCUGGGUUCCGGCCAUGAUGUUACGGUGCUCACUGUCGGUGAUGAGACUUCGGAUAAGAUGAAAAAGCCCCCUUUCAGCAGAUUCUCUGAGCUCGUGAGUGCAGGUGGUCAGACAAUCUGGGGUGACCCGGCCGAAGUGGGAAAAGUUGUUCAGGGGGCAGCAUUUGACGUUGUGUUGGACAACAAUGGCAAGGAUUUGGACACUGUGAGGCCUGUUGCUGACUGGGCGAAGAAUGCGGGUGCUGAACAAUUUCUGUACAUCAGCAGUGCUGGAAUUUAUAAACCAGCUGAUGAACCUCCUCACGUUGAAGGGGAUGUUGUUAAGGCAGAUGCCAGUCAUGUCGGAGUGGAGAAAUACAUUGAGGAGCUUUCCUUCAGUAGCUGGGCAGUAUUUCGUCCGCAGUACAUGAUAGGGUCUGGGAACAACAAAGAUUGUGAAGAGUGGUUCUUUGAUCGAAUUGUCAGAGACAGGCCAGUUCCCAUCCCUGGUUCAGGAAUGCAACUCACUAACAUUUCACACAGUAGGGACUUGUCCAGUAUGCUGGCCCUAGCUGUUGAGAAGCCUGGUGAUGCUAGUGGCAAUAUCUUCAACUGUGUUAGUGACCGUGCUGUGACUUUGGAUGGAUUUGCCAAGCUCUGUGCUCAAGCUGCAGGUCGCCCAGUCAAGAUCAUCCAUUAUGACCCAAAGGCUGUUGGGAUUGAUGCAAAGAAAGCAUUUCCUUUUCGCAUUAUGCACUUCUAUGCAGAACCAAGAGCUGCCAAGGAAAUACUGGGGUGGAGUAGCACUACUAACCUUCCUACGGAUUUGAAGGAGAGGUUUGAUGAGUAUGUGAAGAUUGGUAGAGACAAGAAGCCAAUAAAGUUUGAUAUCGAUGAUAAGAUACUCGAGUCUCUUAAAGUUCCAGUUGCUGUGUAAUAGGCAUGCUUGGAUGGUAACCAAGUAUCACUUGUAGUUUUUUCAGGUCAUGUACCCCAUGCAUGAUGGGCUUUCAUGUUUCCUUCUUGUAUCUGAAUCAUCUUGCUAAUGUUAAGUUCAAUGUAUCUAUUUUUGUUCA